CUCCCGCCCCUGCGCAGCCAUGAGGCUGUGCCGGCCCUUUGUUCCCGGGGGUCCGCGGCCGCCCAUCCCGAUGGCCGGGGCGGCCUGAGCCCGGCGGGAAGGGAAGAGGAGGAGGAGGAGGAGGAGGAGGCGGCGCUGUUCCCAGCAGGAUGCGAUGGGGAACUGCUGGGCGCAGUGGUGCUGCGGGCUGUUCUUCCGGAGGGACGCGGGCCGGCUCCAGCGCGGCGGAGGAUCCAAGUAUUUUAGAACAUGUUCAACAGGAGAACACUUCACUAUAGAGUUUGAGAACCUGGUGGAAAGCGAUGAGGGAGAAAGCCCAGGAAGCAGUCACAGACCUCUGACAGAGGAAGAGAUUGCUGACUUGAAAGAGAGACACUACGACUCCAUUGCUGAAAAGCAGAGAGUUGUUGAUCUGAAACUUCAGUCAGAGUUAGCCUUACAAGAGGAGAAGUUAAGACUAGAAGAGGAGGCUUUAUAUGCUGCACAACGUGAAGCAGCCAGGGCAGCAAAGCAGAAAAAGCUCUUGGAGCAACAUAGGCAGCAAAGGAUAACUCAGAGAGCACACGCUGUAAAUAAUGGAGAGUUUCCCAGCUCUGUGGCAGAGGAGGAUCUCGAUCCUUUCUUAAGGAACACAAAAUUCCAGUACGAAGCUUUUCGAAGUAGCAGGCUCUCAUCUGAUGCCACAGUGCUGACACCCAACACGGAGAGCAGCUGUGACCUGAUGACCAAAACCAAAUCAGUGAGUGGGAACGACGACAGCACCUCGUUAGAUUUGGAGUGGGAAGAUGAAGAAGGGAUGAACAGGAUGAUCCCGAUGAGGGAACGCUCCAAAACAGAGGAAGACAUCCUCAGGGCAGCCCUGAAAUUCCACAGCAGGAAGACGGGAAGCCACCCGGCCUCCGCCUCCGACGAUUCCAACGGCCUGGAGUGGGAGAAUGACUUUGUGAGCGCCGAGAUGGACGACAACGGCAACUCCGAGUACGCCGGCUUCGUCAAUCCCGUGCUGGAAUUGUCCGCUUCGGAUGUCAGGCUGUCGGAUUGCGACCCCCAGGACAGAUAGUGGACGCUGCACGGCCC